UUCAACAUGGCGUGACCGUUGAAAAUGGCACGAUAUUCUGCGGCCGACAUGGUGAAAUGUUCUGACGUCACGGCGUGACAUGAAGUCACGUGACGCCAACCGGUCCGUGAGCGAAGAAGUCCCUGGAUUGGGUGAGGAAUUUCGAGUCAAGGUGGAGUCACUCCGGGAGAGUUGCAGUCCAGACUCGCGCUUGACUCGACCGAGUCCACCUCCUCAACUCCAACACUGUUGCCGGCAGUCGCCAUGUUGGGGUUUCCCAGGACAAAACACGCGAAACGGAGGUUCGGUUCCCAGCACGGCCAUGAGGGGCAUCCAGGAGCCAGAGCUGCGCGAGCACCCGCCCGGACCCUGGCCCGACCAAGGCACCGAGGAGGAGGAGGAGGAGGAGGAAGAGGGGGUGCACGUGUCGGUGGAUGGGGAGGAGGAGGAGGAGGCGGAGGGGACGCUGCCGUACCCCUCGCUGGCUCCAGUGGUUCUGUUGGCUCUGACCCAAACCAGCCCGCCUCGCUCCUGGUGCCUGCGAGCCGUGUGCCACCCAUGGUUCGAGCGAGUGAGCAUCCUGGCCAUCCUGCUCAACUGCGUGACCCUGGGCAUGUUCCAGCCGUGUGGCCACACCCCCUACCUGCUGCAGGCGCUGGAUGACGGGAUCUUUGUUUUCUUUGCCGGCGAGAUGCUGGUGAAGAUGGUGGCUCUCGGGGUGAUAGGUCAGAGCGGUUACCUUGGCGACACGUGGAACCGACUGGACUUCUUCAUUGUGUUAGUGGGGAUGCUGGAGUACUCGCUGGACGGACACAACGUCAGCCUGUCGGCCAUCCGCACCGUCCGGGUCCUGCGCCCGCUCAGGGCCAUCAACAGAGUCCCCAGUAUGCGCAUCCUGGUGACGCUGCUCCUCGACACGCUGCCCAUGCUGGGGAACGUGCUGGCGCUGUGCUUCUUCGUCUUCUUCAUCUUCGGCAUCGUGGGCGUGCAGCUGUGGGCGGGGCUUCUGAGGAACCGCUGCUUCAUGAGCGACGACGUCAAGACGUACAACGUGUCCUUCCUGAGCGGCUACUACCGACCCGACGGCACCGACGGACCACCCCUUCAUCUGCUCCACCGAGCGGGACAACGGCAUGCUGCGCUGCUCCGACGUGCCCCGCCGCCGCCGCUGGCCGGCGCCUUCUGCGCGCUGGCUGCGGAGGCGGAGCCCCGGCUGGAGCGGCCGGGCUCCUGCGUCAACUGGUACCAGUACUACAACCAGUGCCGGGCCAGCGAGGUCAACCCUCACAAGGGCGCCAUCAACUUUGACAACAUCGGAUACGCUUGGAUCGCCAUCUUUCAGGUGAUCACUCUGGAGGGCUGGGUGGACAUCAUGUACUACGUCAUGGACGCUCACUCCUUCUACAACUUCAUCUACUUCAUCUUCCUCAUCAUC